AUGAACAUGUCUGUACCAGGAACAGAUGGAAACAUCCACCUGGAGAAGAAUGAACUUCCAAAUGUUUGCCCUGGUGAUGCUGUUCCUGGCCUGUGUGGAGCAGGGCCUGGCAUCCUGCGUGGUGGACAGCUUCACAGUCAAACAGGACUUCGACCCAAAAGAUAUGAAGGAAAGUGGUACGCUCUGCAGAAGAAGGAUCCCGAGGGUUUGUUCCUGCAGGACAACAUCUCUGCUGAAUACACUAUUGGGGACGAUGGUUCUAUGAUUGCCUCCUCCAGGGGCAGGGUCACUCUCUUUGGAUUCUGGGUUGUGUGCGCUGACAUGGCUGCUCAGUACUCAGUGCCCGACCCCGGCACACCCGGCAAGAUGUUCAUGAACUACCAGGGACUGGCCAGCUAUCUCUCCAGCGGCGGUGACAACUACUGGGUGAUCGACACAGACUACGAGAACUACGCCAUCACCUACGCCUGCCGCAAAGUGAAGGAUGAUGGAAGCUGCGAGGAUGGAUACGCCCUGGUUUUCUCCCGUAACCCCCGUGGCCUCCCCCCAGCAAUCCAGAGAUCAGUCCGCCAGAAACAGGAGGAAAUCUGCAUGGCCGGAGAGUUCCAGCCAGUGCUGCAGUCUGGAGCUUGCUAAACUGGAAUUAGCUGAUCAGCCCUUCAUAAAACUGGAUUCAUCGUUCAGCCCACAAAGAAGACAAAGAAGCUCUUCUCAAAAUCUGCAAAAUUUUAGAAAACCCUGUUUUUUCCAGUUUUAUAGACAACAAUUAACCGAUGUACUAGAUUGAUCCAAUUCAAUGCCUAAAAAGAAAUUCAAAUGACCACUGCCAAAACGAACAAGCCAAAUCAUACAAAAACUAUAACAUGCUGAUUAAAUGUGACGAUAUCAUGAAGCACACAGAGUGUCCUCUGUCACACUGAUGGGAAACAUCUGUACUACAAAUUCAUUCAGUAUUGUU